AUGACCCAUGGGGGUUUUAACAUCCCCUCACCCUCCUCAUUACGACAUGAUGAAAGUAACACUCCAUUUCCUUACUACUUUGUCGGAGAUGAAGCGUUUCCACUGUCUCGAAACUUAUUGAGACCCUAUUCAAGUAGAACCCUUGAUAAUACGAAGAGAAUAUUUAAUUAUAGAUUGAGCCGUGGAAGAAAAUCUAUUGAAUGUGUGUUUGGUAUGGCAGCAGAAAAGUUUGCGGUGUUGAAUGGGCCCAUACGAUGUCGUGAUCCAACAACAGUGAAUGAUAUAAUAAAAUCUGCCUGCAUCCUUCACAAUUUCGUACGGAAACGAGAAGGAAUUGAGUACAGACCCCACGACACAGCACAAAUGGACGAGACCGCGGAAGUACCAACCAACAUACGAGUACGAGAUAUGUCUAUACACGAGGGUUCUUCAGCGACUACUUUGAGGAAUUAUUUUUUUUAA